AUGUAUUCCAAGUCUUACGAGACGACCAAGGACUCGUUCCUGGAGCAGGCGAAGGCAGCUCGCGAAGAGCGCGCGUUCGAGAAGAAACGAGAGCAGUCUGCUACCAGGAUCCAAGCAGUUGUCAGAGGAUGGCUCGAAAGAAAAAAAUUUGUCAUACGUAUACUAAACGAUUUCGACGAGCUCCUCCCUGAGACAUCAAACCAAGGCUCACAGGAUGAGCCCCCUCAGCCAGUGGAACUGAUUCCAGCAUUAGAAGUCUACCGUGUGACAUGCAGGCUGUUCCUGGUGUUCAAACAGCAAAGAGACCGCAAGAGAUUUGAAAACCUCUGCAGAUAUAUUGUUCAGAGCUUACACUCAGAGUCUGUUAAACUAUCUUAUGUAGGAGUCUUCCUGAAUAAAGAGUACAGUCUCCGCUGGAUAGCUCACAUCAAGGAUCUCCUGUACAAAUGCUGCCAGUACCUCGAAGAGCUGAAGCCAGAGUCUCCAAUAGACAUGCAGAGCAUCCUCAUCCACCUUCACACACUAGUAGCAUUCACUGCCAACAAUACUUGGGCGCUCACUCGGUUGAAGAAUUUUGAGAAGCUCAGGGGUGGGAUGACUCAGUUGUGUGCUAAUGUCAUGGGAUCACUCUUCCAUAAAGGAUAUUAUUUAACUCUGAAGUCUCUGCUACUCCGCGGGCUAUGUCGUGAGAAGGUAUACCUGAAGAAUGUUUCUCUGACUGCUAUAGUGACCUUGUCACUGCGUCCCCUGGUGUCUGCCCAGUUCUCGGAGAAGCUGCUCACUAUGUACAUCAUACAGAUCCUGUCUGUACCCACCCUUGUGUACCACAUGCAGCUCAUAUCUCCUGAGUCGAUGUCGUCAUACCGGUCGUACUCAAUGUUCGACAAGUGCCUGGAGUUCCUGAGCACAGACCAGAACAUGCGCAUCGUGUUCAACACGUUGGAGGGCAACUACGCGCUGUGUCUGCUCGCCAACCUCGUGCAGAUGGCGCACUGCGAGCGGGACCAUGCACAGCCGGAGACCUACCAUCCUACGUUUGUGUUGGUGGUAACACGGUUUCUGGACUCGUGUCAACAAUACGUGGUCUGCAAAAAGGGUAACUUGAGCAACUGGCACCCUAUCCUCGGCUGGUUUUCCCAAGGUUUGGACAACUUCCUGCCCCCCGCUAUGGGGAAUUUGCGGAACCAACUGUCUUUGUUAUGGGCAGCUCCGUUAUUGAAGAAGUUGUUGGCAACACCGCUGAAGGACAUGAUAGAUGCAGGAGUGACUGGUGAGGAGGGCGCAGGACCGUCGCAGCCUUCUACUCCGGUACAGAGUAACAAUCCUGCUGCUAUCAUUAGAAGAGCUAUCGAGGCUAGAACUAACAGAUCUAACGCAAACAAACACUAUAGGAAGUUAGGUUCGCCGGACUGCACGAAGACGGCGCUCAUAUGUUCCAUGUACCACACGGCGCUGCUGACUAUGACGCAGGUCAAACUUGAUAUACUUACAGGGUUAUGUAAUCAAGAUGAAAUAUUGUAUUCGUUAUGGCAAUUUUUGUGUACACUGGGACCAAACUGUGGGCUGAAAUCGUUCUUAGAUCUCUUAGCUGUUAACACGAAGACGUCUGCGCCGGAGUUCCAAAUGUUGAUACUCUUCGCAGACUGCAUGACGCAUUAUGUUACGAUAUUGGACGACAUGGAGAUGUAUGAGCAACAGAACCCGUUCAAGUUGCAAGACUUUAUCAACAUGUCGCAGUUCCUCAACAUGUUUGUCUACAAGUCCAUUAUGGGACAAUUGUUUGAUCUCAAAACCAUCCAAAGCAACGAGUUGUUCAGUUCGCUGCACACGUUGCUGCUGGUGCUGUACCGGCGCGACUGUCGGCGCGCGUACACCCCCGCCAACCACUGGCUCGUCAGGGACAUACGGGAGGGACAGUUCAUGGCCGACCUCGAGAAGGGGAAGAAACCGCAACAAGUACUAGUACAAAAGACGCCUCAUAUGAUUGCACACGGAGAACGUGUCAGAUUGUUCAGACGCGCUGUCGCUGAUGAAAAGGUGGUGCUGGGCCUGACGGAGCGCGCGUGCGGCGGGCGGUCGACGCUGGUGACGGUGCGGCGCGCGCGGCUGGUGGAGGACGGGUACAGGCAGCUCGCCGCGCUGCCCAGUCGCGCGCUCAAGGGCUGCGUCCGGGUGCGGUUCAUCAACGAGCAGGGACUGGACGAGGCGGGCAUCGACCAGGAUGGAGUUUUCAAAGAAUUCCUAGAAGAAACGAUAAAGCGUGUGUUCGACCCGUCGCUGAACUUGUUCCGCGUGACGAGUGAGGAGCGACUGUACCCGUCGCCCACCUCGUGUCUGCAGGACAACCAUCUACAACUGUUCGAGUUCAUUGGGAGGAUGCUGGGCAAAGCUGUUUAUGAGGGUAUAGUAGUGGACGUGCCGUUCGCGUCGUUCUUCCUGAGCCAAGUACUGGGACAGACCCAGCAGGCGCUGUACUCAUGGAUCGACGAGCUGCCCUCGCUCGACAGGGACCUCUACCGCAGUCUUACGUACAUCAAACAUUUCCAAGGCGAUAUAUCUUCGUUGGAGCUCACGUUCUCAGUCGACGAGGAGAGGCUCGGGGAAAUAGUCACUCACGAACUAGUUCCCGGCGGGAAGGCAGUGCCUGUCACUAAUGAAAACAAAAUAAACUACAUUCACUUGAUGGCGCACUUCAGAAUGCACACUCAGAUCAAGGACCAAACUAACGCCUUCAUCAAAGGAUUCAGAACUAUCAUCAACCCAGAGUGGUUGUCACUGUUCUCCACACCUGAGUUACAACGUCUGAUCAGCGGCGACAACGUGCCCCUGGACCUGCGCGACCUGCGUCGUCACACGCAGUACUACGGCGGGUUCCACGACUCGCACCGCGUCGUCUGCUGGCUCUGGGAUGUAUUGCAACGGGACUUCUCGGAACAUGAGCGCGGCAUGUUCCUCAAGUUCGUGACGUCAUGCUCCAAGCCCCCAGUCCUUGGGUUUGCCCACCUCAAGCCGCCAUUCUCGAUCCGAUGCGUUGAAGUUGGAGACGACGAAGACACUGGAGAUACAAUAGGUAGCGUGAUCCGAGGCUUCUUCACAAUUAGAAAGAAGGAUCCACUGAACCGUCUGCCAACAUCGUCGACUUGUUUCAACCUCCUCAAGCUGCCAAACUAUCAGAAACGAAGCACUCUCCGUGACAAACUACGUUACGCCGUCAAUAGCAACACCGGCUUUGAACUGUCUUAA